AUUUCAGAUAGACAUGGCUUAAUUGAGGUUAUUUAGACUGACCAGCAUAUGACAAUGAAUUGAUGCGUUUAUCCAGCUGACGCGGUUUUAAACAAGAUGGAUUCGAAAGAUAGAAACAGCUUAAUUGGCGUUAUUUAGAUGACCAGCGUAUGACAAUAAAUUGAAGUCGAUGCAUUUAUCCAGCUGACGCUGUUCUAGAAAGGUCGUAUUGAGAAAGACGAAAAACGACGCAACCUUUUUUUAAAUAUUGAUGAAAGUAUAUUAUCAUUAACUUUCAUGACAAUACAGGAACUCAGUAUAGUUCAGAUUUUUCUAAUGAAGACGAAUUCAGCUUUAAACAUAGUUACAUCUUAACCAAAAAGGAUUUUUUCUAGUGUUUGCCAAAUUAAGCGCGAGAAGUCGUUGAGAUGAGUUGAGAAAAUAUCGAAUAUUGACGAAGGUCUAGACCAGCGUAUCACAUCACGAGUAUAUCGUGCAGAGGUUUAUAAAGAAAUUAAGAUAACCACAAGAUCAGCAAGAAGUAUAACCACGGAGCAAAUAAGUUCCUCCUCUCUAGCAUCCAAUAUGAAUUUUAGCAACGGGACUUUGGACAUGUACCAUGGCCCGGAGGGACUAGAUUUACCCUAUGCUGUGAUAACAGGAAUUGUGCUUUUCAGUAUUUUAUUUAUGACAGUUUUUGGAAAUCUCUUAGUUUUAAUUGCAGUGGCCAUUAAUGAAAAUUUACGACAUACAACGAAUUAUUUUAUAGUUAAUUUAGCGUGCGCAGAUCUCCUUCUAGGAAUAUCAGUGCUGCCUUUUUCGGCUACGUUAGAUAUUUUGGGCUACUGGCCUUUCGGGUCAAUCAUGUGUAUUUUCUGGACAUCUGUGGAUGUAUUGUGGUGUACGGGAUCUAUAAUUACCCUGUGUGUUAUAAGUGUGGACCGCUAUAUAGGAAUUACCAAACCUUUACAACAUGGAAUUAUUAUGUCUGAAAAACGAGCUUGCUGGAUUAUUUCCCUUGUUUGGGUUGCGUCCCUUGCGAUUUCCAUAGGUCCUGUGUUUGGGUGGAGGCACGACCGGAAAGUAGUUCAAACUAGCUGCCAUGUGAAUAAGGAACCAGCGUAUGUUAUAUUUUCUGUGACAGGAUCGUUUUACAUCCCGAUGUUUGUCAUUGUUUUUGUCUACUAUAGGAUUUUCAAAAAGGUGAAUAAGCAUAACAAACAUUUAGCAAAAGGGGAGACAGUCACUACUUUUGGAAAUUCAUCCACCAAGAAAAUUAAGCUGCGAGUUCAUACAGGUCGGAAUAGUAGCAAUGCAACAUUAAAUGGAAACUCAAAACAGAAUAUGUCGGAACGUUUGAUAAAGUUUAACAAGCAGAAAAGAGCUGCUAAAACCCUUGGAAUCGUGGUUGGGGUUUUCAUCCUGUGCUGGUUCCCUUUCUUCUUUGUCCUGCCAUUAGGUGCCCUUUGCAGUAAGUGCUCACCUCCAGAGAACGUGUUUAAGGUGAUUUUCUGGCUUGGCUACUGCAACUCCAUGAUGAACCCCGUGAUCUACGGCUUCUCAAGUAAAGAGUUCAAACGUGCCUUUAGAAACAUUCUCAGCUGUAAAUGCAGAAACUCCGAUAGAUUUAAGCUAAUACAGAGAUAUUCUUUUUACGACCAGAAAGAACGAUCAAACAGCAAUUUAUCUUGUCAGAAUGAGAAAUCAAGAUCAAUUAGAAGUGGCAAAGGAGAUGAGCGUCUUAGCGGGGAAUUAUUGAGGUCUAAGAGCUGCAAUACUGAGACAGAGUACUCACCCGUUGGUAAAUGUUACCUUGCUGCCAACCCCCCUAGUUUUGAUAGUGAUUCUGUGUCCCUAAGUGACCAUGUUUUGGAAGAAUUACGUCAAGAGCAGCGACGAUCCCCUGUUGAAAAAUGAAGAACAAAUACUUUAUAUACAUGUAUCUUAUAUACCUGUACGUCACGAUUCAAUAAUGGAAAAAAAAUAUGCCAACAUCGAAAUUUGGGAAUUUUUAUAAGACGUCAUCUUAAAGUUCAUACGUAAUGAUAAAAUUUGUCAAGUUUCUCUUAUGAAAAAUAUUAAUGCCAGUUUCGAAAUUUUGGGAAAUUUUAUAAGACGUCAUCUUAAAUUACAAAGGUAUUGACAACAUUUUGUGAGGUUUCAAUCGUCUUUUGCCCGAUUACAUGCAUGUUUAUAAAUGUUAAUUAUCAAACUGUGUUUGGAUUUUCACAAAAUCUUAAGCCACAAAAUAAAAAAAUCUAUGAACAACAUGGAAAUAACGUAUUACGAAAAUCUUCUCAUUUAUCCCAUACUUAUUUUUAUGGCGCUUUACUUUACUCAUACAAGUUAGAAUAUGGGAUUAUUUUUUUCUUGAUUGAUUCAAAAAUUUUAUAUAUUAUAUUUGCAAAUUCUGAAUAUUUCUUCUUCCAAAAGUAACUUAAUCAAUUACAGUUUUAUAAGCUUAUGAAAAGAAGAACGAAAUAAACCUGUACAAGAUUAAUAUUUAUCUUUCAAAUGCAAAUCACCUAAUCCCAUGAAAUACUAAUCCAACAUGUUCUGACAAAUAUACAUGUAUGAACAAUAGACUUGGUAUCGAUUCAACAAACAUUUAUGAUUAGACUAAUUAUUACAAAAAAAUAAAUUUAUUCAGUACUGUUCUUCAUCUCCAUAUCCUUCAUUCAAACGAAUUCGUUUGUUAGAAUUAAGAUUCUGUAAAACCAUAAGUGUUGCGUAAAAGAGAACUAAUUUUGUGAAAUAAAAAGAAUGGUGGCGAUUGAAAAAAAGUUCCAAUAAAUGUUAUUUUGUAUACAAAGGCUGACUGAUGUUUUUCAUACUAAUUGUUAGAUCAUUAUUUAGAUACAUAGCGGG